GGUCCUGGUCCCGGUCCCGGUCCCGGUCCCGGGGUUGGGCCCGGUCCGGGUGGGCGGGGGGCGCGCUGACCAUGGCGGAGAGGCCCAAGCACGACGGCCGGGUGAAGAUCGGACACUACGUCCUGGGGGACACCCUGGGGGUCGGCACCUUCGGCAAAGUCAAAGUGGGAGAGCACCAGUUGACGGGCCACAAAGUGGCCGUCAAAAUCCUGAACAGGCAGAAGAUCCGCAGUCUGGAUGUGGUCGGAAAGAUCAAACGGGAGAUCCAAAACCUGAAGCUUUUCCGCCACCCGCACAUUAUCAAACUGUACCAAGUCAUCAGCACGCCGACGGAUUUCUUCAUGGUCAUGGAAUACGUGUCUGGUGGAGAGUUGUUCGACUACAUCUGUAAACACGGAAGGGUGGAGGAGGCGGAGGCGCGGCGUCUGUUCCAGCAGAUCCUGUCGGCGGUGGACUACUGCCACCGCCACAUGGUGGUCCACCGCGACCUCAAGCCCGAGAACGUGCUGCUCGACGCCCACAUGAACGCCAAGAUCGCCGAUUUCGGGCUGUCGAACAUGAUGUCAGAUGGUGAGUUCCUGAGGACCAGCUGCGGCUCGCCCAAUUACGCUGCCCCAGAAGUCAUCUCUGGCAGAUUGUACGCGGGUCCAGAGGUGGACCUGUGGAGCUGCGGCGUGAUCCUGUAUGCCCUGCUGUGUGGGGCACUGCCCUUCGACGACGAGUACGUGCCUGCACUGUUCAAGAAGAUCCGCGGAGGUGUAUUCCACAUCCCCGACCACCUGCCCCGCCCCGUGGCAACGCUCCUCACCCACAUGCUCCGGGUCGACCCGCUCGAGCGCAGUACCAUCAAAGACAUCAGGGAGCAUGAGUGGUUCAAGCAGGAUCUGCCGAGCUACCUGUUCCCCGAAGACCCGGCCUACGAUGCCAGCAUGCCCGACGAGGAGGCCAUCCACGAGGUCUGCGCCAAGUUCGACUGCCUCGAGGCAGAGGUGCUGGCCAGCCUGGCCGGCGGCGACCCUCAGGACCAGCUGGCCGUGGCCUACCACCUGGUCAUCGACAACCGCCGCAUCAUGAACCAGGCCAGCGAGUUCUACCUGGCGUCCAGCCCACCCUCGGGCUCCUUCGCCACCGACGACGGCCUCACGGCCCCGCCCCCGCCACUCCGGCCACACCCCGAGCGCAUGCCCCCGCUGGUGGCCGACGGCCCCAAGGGCCGCUGCCCUCUGGAUGCCCUCAACACCACGCGGCCCAAGCCGCUGGCCGUCAAGAAGGCCAAGUGGCACCUGGGUAUCCGCAGCCAGAGCCGGCCCGGCGACAUCAUGGCUGAAGUCUACCGGGCCAUGAAGCAGCUGGGCUUCCAGUGGAAGGUGGUGACCGCAUACCACCUCCGUGUACGCCGCAAGAAUCCGGUGACGGAGAAUUUCGUGAAGUUGAGCUUGCAGCUGUACCAGGUGGACAACCACAGUUACCUCCUGGACUUCAAAAGCAUUGAUGAUGACAUCUCUGAACCACGGCCAGGCUCUGCCGUUACCCCCGCCGCCACCCCCACUGCCACUCCGGCCCUGCACCGAUCGAGACUGAGCUUAGAGGGCGGCCCCGCCGACAGCCCGGCUCCCCCCGGCCCCCCGCGCCUGGGCAGCCACACCAUGGACUUCUUCGAGACCUGUGCCAGCCUCAUCAUUGCCCUGGCCCGCUGACCGCGGCUGCUCGGGCCCCAGCCGUGUCCGUUGCCGCUGCCCUGCUGACGUCCGGUUUGCCCGUGCCAGACCGGCCACCGUGCACUGGGCAGGUGCUCGGGUGGACAAGCCUGGCGCAGCACCAGAUACUGCCCACGUAGGCCUGCUGUUGGUGACGGCUCCUCUAGGCCCACCCGAGUCAGGGCUGGGGGUGUCCCACACCGCAGCCUGAGUGCCCCCCUGUACCUCCAUCCCCCUGCCCUCCACCGGGUCCCGGGCCAAGGGGGUCCCGGGGAAGAAGGCUGGCUUGACUCUGAAAUCCAUCUCCUUUGGUCAAGCUGGUCUCCCUCACCUCAUCUCACCAAUGCCCUCUGAGGGCCAGUGCUUCCAGCUGGUCAGUGCCCCAGAGGGUCAGCAGCACCUCCAGCAAGUCAGCGGGUCUGCUCUUCAAGGGAGCCCCUGCCCGCAGAAGUCAGCGCUGCCCGGCCUUUGCUGCCGGGUCUCUCCAGGGCCCCGGGCCGGCGUCUGGCCUGACUUCCAGUAAACCACACCGCUGGGAGUCCAGCACUUCUGGGUUCCCUCUCCCUUAGGCUCACACGAUCCCUGGCCUGCAGCAGGCGAUUCCGCCGCCGAUGGCUUGAAUUCUUGAAUUGUUUUCUGAUUUCCACCUCCGCCCUCUGAGCGUUGUGAUUCCCGGGUGGCACAGGUGCCUACCAGCAGUGGCACUCCGGAAACGGCUGGGGCACUGGGACGCUGUUAGGGGUUGGGAGGAUUCUGGUUCUGGGCCACCACUGUGGCAUCUGCAGCCUGCCUGGAACCAGGCCUUCUGGAGGAGCGGACUGGACCAUCUUUGUUUCCAUAAAGUCUGUUUUCCGGUCAAUGAA